AUGAGCAACGAGACCACUAGUACCGGUAGCGCAGCUGAUGAUCAGUUUGUGUAUCUCUCCUUGUCGAGGUCCCAAUAUACGGCCUCCGUAAUAGUGGCAGAGACCUCUUGCGCCUUGUCCAUUCUGGGUUCUCUGUCGAUCAUCUACAUUGUGAUUGUCAACCGAAAGCUGGAUCAGAUUUACCAUCGCAUUGUGAUGGGCUUGAGCAUCAUGGACUUGAUCAUGACCACUGCAACCGCAUCCAUGCCCUUUGCCAAUCGCUCCGAUAUUGGCCUUUUUUUUGCCGUGGGAAAUGCCCAGAGUUGUACCGCCGCCGGCUUUUUCUAUCAAGCCUGGGUGGGAUCUGCAAUCUACAAUGCCACCCUCAGUAUUUACUUUUUGCUCACGGUCAAACACGGAUUGCAAGAACAACGAAUUUCCAAGACCAUGGAACCCUACUGUCACGUGUUGGCGAUCUCGGCGACCCUGUUGUUUGGAAUCACUGGACUAGCCAUCCAGGGAUUCAAUCCAUUGCCCUACAUUGGAACCUGUGACAUUGGAAGUCCCUUUCCGGGAAAUUGUCUGGAUGAUGAGAAUGUAGAGUGCGAAAGAGGAGGAAUUUCGUCCUUCAUUUUGGGCUUACUGCAAAUCACAGUCUUGGUAAUUGCCGCCCUGUCGGGAAUUUGGGCCACCAUACGGGUGUACUUGACAGUACGCCAGCAACUACUCCGCAAUUCCAGUGCCCACAAUCCAAUAUCCGAAACACAACUCAAAAGAAUACAGGCGGUCCGCAAUCAGGCCAUUUGCUACACAUCCGCCUUUGCCGUCAGCUUCUUCUCGGCAUUCUUUGGGCUCUACGAAGAUCCCACUAUUGUCUGGCCGCUGAUUCUUCUUUACAUUUUCUUUCCCAUUCAGGGAUUCUGGAAUGCUAUGAUUUACACACGGCCGAGACUACUGCGAUGGAAAGAUGCCAAUCCAGACCGAUCGUGGUUCUGGGCGUAUCGACAGGUGCUCUCUGGCAAACCGGCACCCACCACCCGCCGCACGGCACAUUUGCAAAACACGGUCCAGCCCACCAGCUCCACCAACCAAAAGUCCACCCGCGUGCUCAAUAGUAGUUUGCAACCAAACGACGAAAGCACAGGUACGAAUCCAGGACCUCAAGGGACCAACUUGUCUGGUUGUGAGCCACCUGAAGAUGGUGAUGAGAACGAGAUAUCUCGAGCCCAGCGCACGUCAGGGGCUCCGUCGUUUUAUGAUGAAGAAGCGAGCAGCAGCAGCAGCAAUGAUAAUGAUGCAAUGGCGCUGUCAGGCAGCAGCAACAACCAUGAGGAACGCAAGUCAUCAUAUCCACUGGUGAAUUCUGUGGGAGAGCAAGUGGAUUAAUACAAGAAGGUUCGAGGGAGGAACAAGUCCCUAUCAAGGAGCAAGUGUCGGAGGAAAACACAGCCACUCCACCAGAGGAAACUGUGUUCCCACCCAGUAGACGAGAACACAUGCCCUCAGACGAAGGGAAACAAGAAUGGAAGACCAAUAGCUGUCCACAGGAGCAGCCAGACCAAGCAGACAAAACUGUAUUUGAUUGACAAGUAGAUUCAUGCUAUUGAGGACAUGGGGUUGUACUGUGCCAGCUAUAGGGGCAGCAAUCAAAUGUUCGCGUUGUUAAAACUCAAAGAGCAACUAUGCUAGAGAGCAGUUGUCCUGGUUGGACUAAGGGCGAUGCACUUGAAGCACCAAUCUUCUCUUGAUCUCAGCGCGAAUGGCCCCACAGGGUGGUACUACUUUUUACCAAAUAUCCAGGUCCAUUGUGGCAUAGACGAGUGCGGCAAUGUCAAACCUCUCCUUGAGUUGCUGGACCAAAUUCUGCUGGCUGGAAUCGUCUUGAGAUCCAAAAGGCUGUUCCUAAUGGCAAGAGUAAGGCUGCCUUGGAGUAAACCACCAAAGCUGCAGGUCAGGCAGAACUACAAGCAAAGUCGCUCAUCUGGCCUCUUCUGCUGUGCGGGCGUCAUGGUGCCAGGCACCUCUCAGUGUGGCGAGGAGGAGCGAGUGACGAGGGAUGCAUGAACAGAUCAACACAGGUCUCUUGGAUGUACCGACCGUAGCUAGAGAAGACAUGCUAUUUCCAAGGCAAGUGGAUGGAUGAAAGUACCAGAGGAUUCAAUGUAGCGAGUAUAAGAAUAUGAAGUUCUAGUAUAG